AUGACUUUAACAUCCUGGCUCAAUAGCCGCCGCAGGAGAUACUUGUUUCUUAUUCUAUGCUUCCCUUUUCUCCUCCCUUUGUUAUGCGCCACGUGGCCCUUUCUUUGCUUAGCAGAAAUUUUUUUCCGCAUAUGCCGGCGGCGGCGGCGGCGGCGGCGGCGGAAGACGGAGGAGUCCGUGGUUGAGGAGGGUGAGGAUGAAGUUGGAUUGAUGCAGAGAUACCUGGAAGAUCAGUUAUUGCUUGUGAUUGGAUCUGCGUCCGAGCGUGGGGAUGAUGAUGAAAAUCUUGGGGUUUAUAUGGAGUAUUUUGCUAAUACGAGGCCUCCAUUGCACUAA